CCGUCGACCACACCACACGGCCGCAGCAGCCACCACCAGACCAGCAGCGCGCACACAACCACUAGCCAAGGAAGGUCGCCGGAGAUGUCCGGCCGCGGCAAGGGAGGGAAGGGGCUGGGCAAGGGCGGCGCCAAGCGGCACCGGAAGGUGCUGCGCGACAACAUCCAGGGCAUCACCAAGCCGGCGAUCCGGCGGCUGGCGCGGCGUGGCGGCGUGAAGCGCAUCUCGGGGCUCAUCUACGAGGAGACCCGCGGCGUGCUCAAGAUCUUCCUGGAGAACGUCAUCCGCGACGCCGUGACCUACACCGAGCAUGCCCGCCGCAAGACCGUCACCGCCAUGGACGUCGUCUACGCGCUCAAGCGCCAGGGCCGCACCCUCUACGGCUUCGGCGGCUAGGCCGCGCCGGUGCAGUCGAAUCCACCUCCACCUCGCGCCGCCAGAUUCGUAGCAUAGCUAGCUAUGGUUGUUCAGUGUUCAUCGUCUUCAUUGUAAUGGACGCAUCUCGCUGCUGUUGUUCAGUGUUCAGUGUUUGGAUGUACUAGUAUGAUAGAAGGAAAUUGCAGCAAUUUACCCUCGAAUUCUUCUGAAA